UCGUGAAGUUUUAUUAUUAUUUAUUAUUGUAAAAUUGUUAACUGUUUACCGAUAUGGCGGCGUUUGAUGCGUCCGAAAAGUGAUUUAAUAUAAUGAAAACCAGAAACACAAAACCGUCGAAAAAGCCUAUAGGCUAGCUAUAGGAGCAAACAUUUUAGUAAACCGUUUGCUGUUGGCGUACCGGAUGCAUGUUACUUGCGUACCAAAAAAAGAUUUCAACUACGUCUAAUUCCUGAUUUCUAUCGACGACGAACGAAUAAACGCUCGUGCACGAAACUUCGUUUUGAGAGAGUCGAUAAUAUUAUAAUAAACGAUAUACCUCCGGAGCAGACGAGUGGAAUGAUGUCGACCGCCACGAAAGUACAUCACUCGCACUCGCAGACGAAUCAACCUGCAAACGCGGUACCACUUCCCAGUUCCCACCAACUCGUCCGUAGGUGUGCGCGGAAUAAAAAAAAAUCGUUUACGAUUUUCGCGUUUUAUGCCAUCCCGAAUACGGUUUUGACCGUCGCCGUUCACGGCCAACUCACCUGCCCGACGCGGACGUCAUCGCAUCGUAAAACAGUAAUAAUACGUUUCAGACCGGACGUCGUCGCGCGUCCGUAUAAUAGUAAUUUUACAUAUUAUACGAAACUCAGCAGCGCGCACUGCACUCGGAAUACGAAUAACCUGCACACACUCGCUCGACGAGAGUGAAAGGAUGAGCGCGGUCGUCGGGUCGUCGGUCGUCGGCCUACUUUCUCCGGUCCACGUGGAUCGCGCGUCGCUAACCGCAGUCAACAGGUAGGCGGUGGACACAUACCUAUUACGACUGUGCGAUGUGACGGACGUGUGCGCUGUGGUGCGUGUGUGUGACAUUCGAUUCGCCGGACGACUCGGACGGAUUUUCCGAUUUUCGCCGGCUGAUUCGGCGGUCAGGAUGAGGCUCCGAUGGUUUUCCAUGCCGCUGGCCGUCGGCUUCAUGCUGCUGCUGUGCGUCGUCCUGUUGGCCGUCAACUUUUUCGAACUCAACUGGAUCCAGUACGAGCACAACAAGUUCCAUCACGGACGAGAGCCGUUUGCGGUACAGCCUCCGCCGCCGCCGCCGUCUCAGUGGCACGCGGACGCGGCGAAAAGGCCCUCGUACAUAGUCCUGGCGAAAAACGCCGAUGCUGGACAUUUGACGCACGUUUUCGACGUGUUCAACGUUUACGGGUACACUAGAAGACCGUUCGAUAAAAAAGUGGACUGGGACGUUAUAUGGGCUCACGAAUAUCCGUUCAAAACGUACGCCGACAAGAUCACGUUUUCCGAUUUGAAACCUCACCAAAAAGUCAACCAUUUCCCUGGCGUAGGUUUUAUUACCAAUAAAAUUGAUUUGGCGACAUCGGACAUAAAAUACGUACCUCCAGCUUUUCACAUGCCGCUAGAAAAAUCAAAAUUUUUCACAUUUGCCAAACAAUAUCCUCAUAAACUGUUCGUUCAAAAACAGAACAACCAUCGAGGUAUAAAAAUUAAAUCAAUUAAAGAAUUGGACUUCAAUUCAACUGGGACGUUUAUCCAGGAGUAUAUUGAUAAUCCUCUGUUGAUUGAUGGAUAUAAAUUUGAUAUCGGAGUAUACACAAUUAUUACUUCCAUAGAUCCUCUUAGGGUUUACAUAUACAACGGGGACAUAUUAUUCAGAUUUUGCCCAGAAAAAUAUCAUCCGUUCAAUCCCGACAACAUAGAUAAAUACGUAAUAGGAGAUGACUAUUUGCCAACGUGGGAAGUUCCGUCUCUAAAAAAAUAUUACGUUGACCAAGGCGCUUCGAUGAAAGCUUCUGUCGAAGCUCAUUUGAAAGCUCAAGGAAGAGAUGCCACGAAAAUUUGGGACCAAUUGGAAGACGCCAUACGGGUUGUAUGUUUAGAAAAAGAAUCAAAGAUAAGAAAUCUAAUGAAAAAUUAUAAGUCGAAAACGAAUUUUUUCGAAAUGGCACGUUUUGAUUUUGUUGUAGAUGACGAUCUAAAGGUGUACAUAAUGGAGGUCAACAUGUCGCCAAAUUUGUCAUCGGCUCAUUACCGACCAAACCGUUUACUUUACGAACAAGUGUUAUUCAAUUUAUUUGCUAUUGUUGGCCUGACUCAUUUUGAACGAAGAGAAAAGAGUAUUAGUAUGGCAGUGUCCACGAAAAAUAUCGUGGCAUACCCGGAAACGUGCGCUAAAAUGAAUUGCAAUUCGUGCGAUUCGGAAGACUGUCUACUGUGCAGUCCUUGCAUGGACGAGUACACGAAAGUUCAAUUAACAAACGCUUAUCGGGAAUAUAUCGACAGACAUGACUGCAAAAGAGUAUUCCCGCCGAAAUUUAAUCCGAACUUUUUGAACAACUCUGUAGAUCUCAGCGGUUAUAGUCUGAACACGCGUUUGAUGUACAAAUGGUUCAAGGGAAAAUGUAUCGCAGACACAGAAUGGUGUUAAUAAUUCAAAAAAAAAGUAAAAAAGUGUUUCCCUAGAAACCGCGAAAAGAGGCCAGUCAUAUAGUUAUACUUUUAAUCAAAACGAAAGCCAUAUUUAUUUAUUUAUUUAUAUAUUUUUGUAUUGUUUUUAUAUUAUGUAAUAUUUAAAUUUAAAUUUACAAAAAGUUAAUUUAUUUACGUGA